CAGUAAAGGAUUGUGUGUUUGCAGCUCAGCUACUGCUUUCAAUGGCUUUUCGGACGUAUUAUCAUUGAAUGCCUGGGCUUUUGAAUAUAUUUUUUCUGCUGAAAAAUCCAUCGCAAUAAUGGAUAUCUUGUGGAUUUUUUGGAUAGUACCGACGGUAUGGGCAGUAGAAGAAAUGCUGAUGGAUUCUACAACAGCAACGGCAGAGCUGGGAUGGACGGUGUACCCUUCAUCUGGGUGGGAAGAAGUAAGUGGAUAUGAUGAGAACAUGAACACCAUUAGAACCUAUCAGGUGUGUAAUGUUUUUGAAAGCAACCAGAAUAACUGGGUGCGGACCAAAUACAUCAGGCGGCGAGGGGCCCAGCGCAUUCACGUGGAAAUGAAGUUCUCUGUGCGAGACUGCAGCAGCAUUCCCAAUGUGCCGGGCUCGUGCAAAGAGACUUUUAAUCUUUACUACUAUGAAUCGGAUUCGGACACAGCCAACAAAGUCUUUCCAGCCUGGAUGGAGAACCCCUGGAUCAAAGUGGACACCAUUGCAGCCGAUGAGAGCUUUUCCCAGGUUGAUCUCGGGGGCAGAGUCAUGAAGAUCAACACUGAGGUGCGCAGCUUUGGCCCAGUGUCACGCUACGGCUUCUAUCUGGCCUUCCAGGACUAUGGAGGGUGUAUGUCUCUGAUUGCCGUGCGAGUGUUUUACCGUAAGUGCCCCCGAGUCAUCCAGAAUGGGGCCAUCUUUCAUGAAACUCUCUCUGGAGCCGAGAGUACCUCCUUGGUGGCUGCUCGUGGUGUUUGUGUGCCGAACGCUGAGGAAGUGGAUGUGCCAAUUAAGUUGUACUGCAAUGGAGACGGGGAAUGGAUGGUACCCAUUGGGCGCUGUAUUUGCAAGGCUGGGCAUGAGUCUGUAGAAAAUGGAACAGUGUGUAGAGCCUGCUCAUCAGGGUCAUUCAAGCCCACCCAAGGAGAUGAGUCAUGUGUCCACUGUCCAAUCAAUAGCCGGACCACAUCAGAGGGAGCCACAAAUUGUGUGUGCCGCAAUGGGUACUAUCGGACCGAUUCUGAUCCACUCGACAUGCCAUGCACAACAAUCCCUUCAGCACCUCAAAAUGUCAUCUCCAGCGUGAACGAGACCUCAUUGAUGUUGGAAUGGUCUCCACCUAAGGAAGCAGGAGGACGUGAAGAUGUGGUCUACAACAUCAUCUGUAAAAGCUGUGGAGCUGGGCGAGGGGCAUGCACCCGCUGUGGAGACAACGUGCAGUUUGUGCCACGGCAACUGGGCCUCACCGAGCCUCGCGUCUAUAUCAGUGACUUGCUGGCACACACCCAGUACACCUUUGAAAUCCAGGCCGUCAAUGGAGUAUCGGACCAGAGCCCCUACUCGCCACAGUUUAAUGCUGUCAACAUUACCACCAAUCAGGCCGCUCCUUCAGCAGUGUCCAUCAUGCACCAGGUGAGCCGCACAGUGAACAGCAUCACUUUGUCAUGGUCUCAGCCUGACCAACCCAAUGGAGUCAUUCUAGACUACGAGCUCCAGUAUUAUGAGAAGGACCAGAUUGAGUACAACUCGUCCACAGUGAGGAGCCAAACCAACACAGCAGUCAUUCGAGGACUGAAGCCUGGCGGCAUCUAUGUGUUCCAAGUUCGAGCACGUACAGUAGCUGGUUUUGGGCGCUACAGUGGCAAAAUGUACUUCCAGACUAUGACUGAAGAUGAAUACAAGACCAGCCUACAGGAGAAGCUUCCACUCUUCAUUGGCUCGGCUGCCGCAGGUCUCAUCUUCCUUGCUGCCAUUGUGGUCAUCAUCAUUGUCUGCAACCGGAGGAGGGGCUUUGAGAGGGCGGACUCGGAGUACACAGAUAAACUCCAGCACUACACCAGCGGCCACAUGACUCCAGGAAUGAAGAUCUACAUUGAUCCGUUUACAUAUGAGGACCCCAAUGAAGCAGUGCGAGAGUUUGCCAAGGAAAUUGAUAUCUCAUGUGUGAAGAUUGAGCAGGUCAUUGGUGCAGGUGAAUUUGGGGAAGUGUGCAGUGGCCACCUCAAACUACCCGGAAAGAGAGAGAUGUUUGUGGCCAUAAAAACCCUCAAGUCGGGCUACACAGAGAAGCAGCGAAGGGACUUCCUUAGCGAGGCCAGCAUUAUGGGCCAGUUUGACCAUCCCAACGUCAUCCACCUGGAAGGUGUGGUGACCAAGAGCAGCCCUGUCAUGAUCAUUACAGAGUACAUGGAAAACGGAUCAUUGGACUCCUUCCUACGGCAAAAUGAUGGACAGUUUACUGUGAUCCAGCUGGUGGGCAUGCUGCGAGGCAUUGCCGCUGGGAUGAAGUACCUAGCAGACAUGAAUUACGUCCAUCGCGAUUUGGCAGCUCGUAAUAUCCUCGUCAACAGCAAUCUGGUGUGCAAAGUAUCUGAUUUUGGGCUGUCCCGUUUUCUGGAGGAUGACACCUCAGACCCCACGUACACAAGUGCUCUGGGCGGAAAGAUUCCAAUUCGAUGGACGGCACCUGAAGCAAUUCAGUACCGAAAGUUCACCUCAGCCAGUGAUGUCUGGAGUUACGGCAUUGUUAUGUGGGAGGUGAUGUCUUACGGAGAGAGACCAUACUGGGACAUGACAAAUCAGGAUGUCAUCAAUGCCAUUGAACAAGACUACAGGCUGCCCCCACCUAUGGACUGUCCAAGCGCCCUUCAUCAGCUUAUGCUGGACUGCUGGCAGAAAGAGCGCAAUAACAGGCCCAAGUUUGGCCAGAUAGUCAACACGCUGGAUAAAAUGAUCCGCAAUCCUAAUAGUCUGAAGGCCACCACACCGCUGUCAUCAGGGGUUCACCUUCCUCUUUUGGACCGUAGUGUUCCCGACUUUUCCAGCUUCAACACUGUGGAAGAGUGGCUUGAUGCCAUUAAGAUGGGACAGUACAAGGAGAACUUUGCCAGUGCGGAGUUUACUAGCUUCGAUGUUGUGUCACAGAUGACUAUGGAGGACAUUCUCCGGAUUGGAGUAACGCUAGCAGGGCAUCAGAAGAAGAUCCUCAACAGUGUGCAGAUGAUGCGAGCUCAGAUGAACCAAAUCCAGUCUGUGGAGGUUUGAUGCCUGGGGUGGGGAAGGUUAGGAGCUGAACUCCUAAACUCAAGUCUUCCUGUGUGAGGCUACUCCGUCUCCCCUUCAACCUUCCCACCUUCCCACAUUUUUGAGAUUAUCACUGAGCGCCCCUCAAGAAAACGUAUCUUCAGCUACCAGCACAGACCAUCGGGAAGCUCCAGAACUUUGUGAGAUCAUAGAACCUCUGUGGAAUCAGGGGAUG